AUGUUCAACGGGAUGGAUAAUUUGUAUACCGUGAGUGUGUCGGCGCCGGGGAAGGUGAUCCUGCAUGGGGAGCAUGCCGUGGUCUAUGGGAAGACAGCCAUAGCCGUUAGUUUGGGCAUGAGGAGUUCCAUCGUGAUCAAGGAGAUCAACACAGUGAAGGACCCCGCCGUGUACAUCCACAUGCCAAGCGUGGACCUCCAAGAGGUGAUCCCACUAGCCCCCACCGUGAAGGCUCUCUUCUGCCCGCGUCUCCUCCCAGGCAUCACUGGGAAGUUCUCUUGGCGGCUACCAGACAAACUCGACCAUGACCUCCACUUAAAAAGAGUCGAAGAAUUCCUCCACAUCAUCAAGCCUAACUUCGACACCCUUCCGAGCAACCAAAAGAACUCCUUACGAAGCUUUUUAUACAUGUUUUCUGGAAUAUUCGGAAGCACGAACAUGCCCGUGAAGUCCAUGGACAUUUCCAUGGGCUCUGAGCUGACAAUUGGUGCAGGAACUGGUAGUUCGGCGUCCUUUGCUGUCUGCCUGGCGGGUGCCCUCAUACAGCUCCUCAAACUGAAGAGUUCCACCAACUACGACGCGUUCUAUGAUGAGGACUUCACGAUGACUGAGAAGGAGACCAUUUCGGAGUGGGCUUAUAACUGUGAGAAGAUCAUGCAUGAGACGCCUUCUGGGAUCGACAACGCAAUAUGCACCUUCGGCUCCCUCGUCUCCUUCAAGAAGGGCACCAAGCCCAGGGCCAUCGACGCGCGGCUCAACCUUCGGAUACUGCUCGUGGACACCAGGGUGACCCGGGAGACGCGUACCCUGGUCAUGAAGGUCGCUUCAGUCCGCCAGAGGAACAUGGCCGCGGUUGAUCACAUCCUGGAGGCGUGUGACCACGUCGCUAACACUGCCACACAGGUUUUGGUUAAACUCACUAGUGGCAAAUGCGAGAUAGACUCGGAGGCUGAAUACCAACAUUUAGCAGAGCUCUGGGACAUGAACCACUGGUUGCUGGGCGCGCUGGGCGUGUCGCACCCCGCGCUCGAGACCAUCCGGGCGGCGGCGCGCGCGCGCGGCCUCGCCUGCAAGCUCACCGGCGCUGGCGGCGGCGGCUACGCAAUGGUGCUUAUCCCACCGUCCACUCCUCGUACCACCGUGGACUCGCUCUCAGGGCAGCUGCUAGAACUCGGCUUCCGCGUCACCGAGACACGUCUAGGCGGCGCCGGCGUCUCGCUAGAGAUGUGACCCGCGCCCCCACACAAACGCCUGAAGGACUCCUAGCGGGGACGGAUGGGAAUUCACCCGGGGGCAAAUGAAACUCUACGGGGAAUUUAAUAAAAAAUUAUGGAACAUAUGGGACUCUAAAACCUAGAGCGUUAAGAUUUAGUGGUGUACUGAAUCGUGCUUUACCAAAGACAGCUAUAGAUAAUUAUGCUGUUAAAAAUUCUGGGAAGAUAUUUCUGAGUAUCUCUGAAAUAAACUAAACCAAUGAGCGUUACGCCAAAAAGCUCGCGGUACAAAGGAUGUCACGGAAACACUGCACCCUGUUUUAAUGGUGUAUGUGUAUUAAAAUGGGAUAUGUCUUGAAAGUUGUAUGAAUAUCCAAUGGAUGUGAAAAAAAAUACUGAAAAUGAAUGCAAUGUCCACCUGAAUUCGGACAUUAAGACUGAGAGUGAAAGUGUCAAUGUGUUAUAAAGUUAUAAAUAUUUGUGAUAAAAACCGUUCUGUUUUGGAACUCGUUAAGUUGGUGAAGGUGAAAAUUUUAAGUGAAAAAAGUGUUUCAAAGUACAUAACUGGACUGGUGUUCGAAAUGAAAUCGUAUUACAAUUUAUUGUUCAUAGUAAAAUGUUUAUAUUUAAUUUAAUACUUUCCAACAUUUGUGUGUAAAUGAAGCUUUCUUUUUAAAAGCUGUAUAAGUGUUGUUGACAAAUCCCGAUUUGUUUUGUAUGACACAAAGUUGUGUAGCAAAUACAUAAUUAUGUAUGUAUAGGUGUUGAAGCUCUAUCAUUGUUAAAUGUUAUUAUAAUUAUGUAGUAUUAAUUAUUGCCAUGUGACUGUACAGUCAGGUACAAAAUUAUGUUAUUUGAAUCAGACAUUUUAUUAGUAUCCUAUUUUUUGGAUACGAAUACAUCUUUUUGCACCUGACUGUACGACAAAAACCACUGUUUGCUUUCGAAUUGAGCUAAAUGUUUGGCUUUGCUAUUGUCCCCACGGGUAUAAAUAUUGACCAGGGGAAUAUGGGAAUUCCCAUAAUCCCCCUACUUUUACAAUUCUUAAGUAUUUAUGUAUGUGAACGUGUUUUAUUUGAAAACGGCUCUAAAUAAAUUGAUUCUAAUAAAUUGCUACAUUGAGCCUUGAAUAAAGUAUUAAAUUAUGAAAUUGUAUCAACAUUUUGUUUUUAAGAAAGGACAGAAAUCCUAUUUGAGUGAAGUAGAGAUUUGCGUAUUAAUUUUUAAAACUCGUUGCAGAGAAACGGGGAAAAUCGGGCACGGUGACUAACACACAGUAUAAUUCGCUUUAUUAUCUCUCUCUGCCUCGCUGCCUCACUCCGUAUCAAUGGUCAGGCAAAUCCUCCUAUGACGUUCGUUUCAUCCGAAAAACGUCCACUGCUGGACAAAGGAUGACUUACUUCCACCCUAACUUUAUUCUAUUGAUAAACGUCUAGCUAAAUAUAAUUUUAUGUACGUUAGUUAUAAUUUUAGAGAGUACAUAUGCGAUUGUUUUUUGUUUAUAUUAUUUAUUUAUUAGUAUAAUGUUUCUUUCGGUUCAAAAUGGCGUCGAUUUUAUGAGUGUUUUUUGAUUUUCUAUUACAUUGAUAAAAUAUUGUUGAUACCGUUGCUCUUUAUAAAGUUAUUAACGAAUUGUGUAUAUUGAAGAUGAAAUAAUCAUGUUUAUAAUCUUCUUGACUUCGAAAUCGUGAAAACUCAGUAUGCCUGGCACAUAUUUAUACAAUUUACCAAAAAUUGAAGCCCUUUUGAACCAUCUAUACAUACGGGUCGUAAUGAAAUGCUUGUAUGAAUAACUGAUGAAGUGCGAACUCCAAAUAGUGAAUAAAAAGACGUGCUAUCCUUGUCUAACUGAUAGUGUGCGAAGGGGAUCAUUCCACGCGUUGAGAAUGAGAAUUGAGAAAUGUUUUAGAAUUUAAGUAAGUUCGAAUCUUGGUUCUACUCGUACUUUGAUAUGAUAUUCAUCAAACCUCGUAUUUAAUGUUGAACUAAAUGAUUUGGUUUUUAAUUGUAUUUUCAAUAGAAGAUCAUUAUUGUGUACAAUUUUAUUUGCAUGUAUUAUACUUUUUAAUGCAAACAUUGCUAAAAAGGUUUUUCUUCAUAUCUAUAUAUAUAAAAAUGAAACCCGUUUCGCGUUGUCACGGCAUCACGUGUGAACGGCUGAACCGAUUUCGAUAAUUCUUUUUUUUAAAUGUUUGUGGAAGUCCAAGGAUGGUUCUUACGGAAAAAAAUAUUAAGAAAAUCUCUACGCUAAGGCGGUACGAAGUUCGCCGGGUCAGCUAGUUAUUUUAUAAAUUCAAUGGAUUUUUUAAUAAAAUGUGUUCAUUUUGAGCAUUUAUCUUAUCGAAAUCAAUAAAUAUUUAUUGUAGUGUUAUUUAAACACUGCAUAUUAAAUGGAUUUCAAUAAGCAAUCGGUAAAAAUAGCGUUUUACAGCAAAAAUAUAAACAGAAAGUGAGAAAGUGGAUUCAUGCCAAUAUUUAUUAACUACAAAUAAAAAUCCAGACUUUUAACAAACAAAUUAAUUAUACUUAUUUCAAUCAAUUUAUUCAAUUUUUAAUUUAUGUAGACCAUUUUGCAUUAUUAAUAAAUAUAAAAUUAACUUGUGCGGACUGUAGUACAAGUAAAUGAUCUGUUUGAUCUUGUAUUUCCCUGUUUAAUUCUAUCGUUAGUUGUUAAAACCAUUCCAAAUGCCCUGCAUGCGAUUGUAAUUCCAUAGCCUUUAUUAUGAAACGACGAAUACAAAUCUACACAGUAUACGCAAAUGUAGUUGAAACGGAAGGAUCACUCCUCAAAUACAUUUAAAGAAAUGUUACUCUGCGUUAUAAAAUGCAAAUAUGUUAGCUAGUGCUAAUAUCCUGCCGAUAUUCAUUCAAAUGUGGUGAUAAACAUCGAACUCAUAAAAUAUUUUUGUGUGAAGAUAAAAUAAGAAAAUUCCCAUAUUCCCCCCUUCGGGUGUAGAUGAGAAAUGACCACAAAUCAAUAUUACACUGAGCUUAAGUUUGAAUCUAAUUUUUAGUGUCGUUUUAUAAUACGGGCCUAUAAGUAACCGCGGUAUCGAAUAUUAAAAGUACCUCUGCAGGACAACUCCCUUAUUCUGAUUCUCGGAUAUGUCCAUCUCUCUCGCUCAAACGAGAUACUGACAUGUGCGACUGCGACAGAGAACAGCGAUUUAGCGGGUUGUACAAUUUGUUGUGUAAAAACGAAACUGAUUUUAAACGCCUAGCUCUAAGUAGAUAAUUGAGUUUAUAUGUAUUUAUGCAAUUUCCGCGCUCAAAACUAGGAUAAUGGGUGCUAAUCGAUUGUAGAAUUUGUUAAAUUAUGAAAGACUACUUGAGGUAACAAUAAAACUGAAUAAAUGUUCUAUUUUGAA